GUUCAUUUUAGUGACUGACAUCCAGAGAACAACAUGCUUGGUCCCCCAGCAUGCUUCAUCCUCAUCCUUCUCCUCUGCCAGCUCAUAGGGCCAGCAACCUCUGGAGCUCUGAAAGAACUGGUUGGUGACCUUGGUGGGUCUGUGACUUUCCCUCUGAAGCUCCCAGGAAUUCAGAUUGAUAGCCUUGUCUGGAUCUUCAACACAACCCCUCUCAUCACCAUAGAGCCAAAAACACCAGACAAACAAGCCAAUGUCAUAGUGACCCAGAGUCAUAACAAGGAAAGGCUGGAAUUCCUACAUGGAAACUAUUCCCUGAAGCUCAGCAAACUGGAUAAGAGUGACUCGGGUGAUUACCGCGUGGUGAUAUACAGUUCUUCCUUCAAAGACCCCUUCAUCCAGCGGUAUGGGCUGCGUGUCUAUGAGCACCUGUCAAAGCCCAAAGUUACCAUGGGUCUGCAGAACAAUGAGAAUGGCACCUGUGUGACUAAUUUGACAUGCUUCAUGGACCAGGGAGGAGAGGAUGUGACCUACAGUUGGGAGUCCGUGGGGCAGGCAGCCAAUGAGUCCCAUAAUGGCCCCAUCCUCUCUAUAUCCUGGAGGCUGGGAAAAAAGGGCAUGACCUUCGUCUGUGUGGCCAGGAACCCCAUCAGCAGCAAUUCUUCAAACCCCAUCUUUGCCUGGAAGCUCUGUGAAGGUGCUGCUGAUGACUCAGAAUCCUCCAUGGUCCUGUAUGUCCUGGGGGUGCUCUUCCUGUUCAGUGCCUUUGCCCUGGUGCCAGUUAUUCUAAUUAUGCGAAGAGAAAGAAGAAAAGAGUCCAUUGAAGAGAAGAAGGGAAUAGAUACUCAUCAGGAAGUUCUUAACUACUACCCCUCUUCUGGAGAGACUCCAGUGUAUGACACAAUCACCUGCGUUAAUAAUACUAUUCCAGAAGAAAAUCCAGUAAAUACACUUUAUUCCUCUGUGCAAAUACCUCAAAAGAUGGAGAAACCCCACUCUCCACCCACAUCAUCGAACACACCAAGGUUAUUUGCCUAUGAGAAUGUCAUCUAAACAGCAGUGCAUCCCUUCUGCCUCGCCUCAAAGAAAAUAAAAAAAAAAUCACUGAAUUGACCAGAAAUAUUGAGGAAGAAUAAAGAACACUGACUUCCUUCCAGAAUAACUAUCUUCUAUGCUCCUUCAGAUUUGAGUUCCUAAUUCCAUCCUCUCCUGAGAAAUCUCCUCAAACCCCAAAUGUGUAACUAUCCCUUCCUGGAAAUAUUAUUGUGAAUUUAUCAGCCAGCCCCAAGCAAGAGGCUUAGAAGUAUCUCUAUUGAAAUGUAAAUGUACUGUCCAUCAUAUGAAUGACAACUCCCAUUCCAGAGCUUGGAGAUCAAGACUACACGGAGAGUCUGGUGGCCAAAAGAGUGAGAACACAGGAACGGCAGAUAUUUCCAGAAAAAGCAGAUGUAGCAGCCAGAAAUGGAUUCAUUAACCAACUCAUUACCUAUGUGCCUGGCACUGUGCUGAGCUUACAUUGAUUUUGCUCAGGUGUGCUCUCUGCUCUCAUGAAAUUGGUUCCUCAUGAAUGACUUCUGUGAGCAUUAGCAGCAGAUCUGACCACAAAUUCCCAAUAACCAGAGUCAGGUGUGGAGCCAUAGGACUUGGGAGCCAAAGGGCAUAAGGACAGAGAAGCCAGGCAGAAGACUGGGUUUGGCUGGAUGGAUACUCCAAAGUGUGCCUGACCUGAAGACAAGAACCAUGGCCUCAGCUUCAUUUACACUCUGUGCUGCAAGUGAGAAGCCAGGGCCAUAGGGCCUGUUCAGAAGCCCAUUUCAAUGGAGAACUAAACCUGAAGACACAUUUAGAAUCUAUUAUAAAAGACUUGGAAUUAGGGGCGAUCUUGUGUAAAUAUUUAAAGUCGCAUGAUUCAUUCAACUCAUAUUUAUUGAGGAUAUCUGCCAGGUCAGUCUGGCAAAUAAAAUAGACAUAAUGCCU